AGCUUCCUUUUCUUUUUAUGGUGUCCACACACACAUUUAUAAUAAUUAGUGUAAAUAUAUAUUUUUUAACUAAUAGUUUAGUUUUGGUGUGUUAUUUUUGGUUGGGCAUGAAUAAAAGGACUCAGUCAACUAUUAUGAAACAAUUUUAUUGUUUUUGUGUUCCAAAAUAAGCAUUGGCCAAAUUAAGAUUAUUCAAAUUAUAGUAGAGAGAAAUGGAGGGUUUAAAACAAGCAAAUGAAUAGGAAUGACAAAAUUCUAAAAAAUGACUAUCCAACUAACCUUUUCUUUACCCAACUUGUUUCUCCAAUCAUACACAUCAAAAUGAUUAGAACCUAACUAACACAUUGAUUAAAAAAAAUUGCGUAUAGAAAAAAGAAGAGUAAUAAUGGAUUCUGGGUUGUCAUGGGCUGAUCAAUGGGAUUACAAUUCUGAUCCUCUUCCGGUAUCAAAAGAAGAUGAAAAGAAGAAGAAAAAGGAUGAAUCUAAGAGCAAGUUGAAGAAAUCACUUUUGAAAUUCAAAUGGAUGAAAGAACUAUGCAAGAAAUCUCAAAAGUAACCAUCCACCAAAUGAAAUUGAGAUACCUCUUUUUUUUUUCUUUUUGGGUGUUGUAUUCAUGUAUAUGAUGUUGUAAUUAAAUUUGCAAAUCCAAAAUAGCGAGACAAUAAAAUUUGUGCCAAAGGUGAUCAUCAAUGCUGUGGUUUUCUUCUUCAAGAGUACUUAGUUUUUUCAUAUAUACACAUUUUUUAUAGUUUAUUACAUUCA